AUGGAGGCCGGCAAGAAGUAUCUUUGUCUCCACAUCCUCGGCUUCAAGAAGUCGACCGUCUCGUACGCGGAGUAUCGUGACUACAUGGUCAACGUUCAUGCGCCAUUGGUCCGCGACCUCCUGGUCAAGUACGGCAUCGUGGAGUGGUCAAUGACGCAUCCGGAUGAGAACUCUCCGGAAAUGUUCGACAAGAUUCGUGAUGGCCUUUUCAGCAACAUGGCGCCAUUCGAUGUUUGUGUAUCCAUCGUAAUGCCCGACAUCGAAACGUUUGUGCGAUUCAAGACCGAUCCGUUCUUCCAGGUGGAUGUGGAGCCAGACCAUGGAAAGUUUGCCGACUUACGACGAUCUCAGAUGUUUGUUGGAUGGUUCACACCUCUCAUCAAGGACGGAAAAGUGGUGGUGCCACUCUUGGGCACUUGAGUCUCCCUGCUGUGGGGAGAUGGGACCCUGAUGGUGGGAGUCCGGCGCUCCGUAGUGUGGGAGUCGAACACGACUCAAUUUACAUCUCCCAUAUAUCGAAGGCGUGAUAGCUUAUCAUCGAUUACACAUGUAUGUUGUUAAACAAUAUGGAGCAGAUAUGAGUUGCUGUCCGCAUGAACGAAAG